GACUCUGUUCCUCAAGUACAUGGCUAUAUGAUGGGCUACAAUUGGCAGAGAUUGGCUGAAAAAUCUACAAUGCUUGCAAGUCCGCAUGCAGGGCGACACAACUUGAGGAUCGGCAACCCAAUAACACCCAAGUCGGCUACUAUCCUACCUACCCUCGCCAGCGCCCACCCUGACCCACUCGUCAGACAUCAAGCAUUCCGAAUCAUCUCCUCUCUCCUCACACUCACCCAACCCGAUUUAAGGAUUCAGCUCCUCACAGAUCUUACUGGGGAUUCGCAGCUCCCGCAGAUGCGCAUUGCAGCCGUGGGUCUCGUUAAAGAAGCAAUCAUAGAGUCAAUCUCCUCCACGAAACCAAACCCUUUCGCAUCCCCACUCUUCCUGCGUGUCUUUGGCCCGAUUCUUUUUAGGCCCAGUCCUCCGGAUUUGUUUAGUGGGAGCAAGGAACUUUCACUGAGUAGCUUCCAAGAAUCAAGUGAACCUCAACGGUUGGUAGAAUGCUUGGCACUCUAUUACAUCCUUCUCCAGCACGAUCACCAGAAUCUGACGGGCGUACAUGAUAAAGAUGUCUUAUCAAGUGUAGAGAGUAGUCUUUUAGAACCAUUGCGUUCGAUCUUGGCAAAGUGGAUGAGCCAUCCGUCUGUUUCUGGAAGUCAUAUGCAUGCUAUAAUGCCCCUCGUGUCUCUUCAGAUGGGUCUUGAGAGGGUAGACGCUGCCAUAGCCCAACUCUGA